AUGAAGCUAUUUCUGACCGUCGUGGAGCGCCACAACUCCACAAACAGCAGCGAUGUCACUCCCACAGAUGAUGUGGCCCUUUUCGACCCCGGUGUGUGGAGCCGCACAGCAACUUCGGAGAUGGCUCGCCGAAACGUUUCGGCAUCCUACGUGGCGCAGCAGGUGUACCGACACGCGGCGCUGACGCAACUGGCGAAAGUCGCACUUUCCAGCGCGGUAUGCUUUCGAUACGGCCCCCGCCCACCACCACACCUCGACAGCUUUCUCUUCCACAAGCGCUGUCGCCCGACCGGACAUGGAAGGUGCGGCACGCCACCAGCGGCAGCGGCGCCGCCCGUGUGCGCGCCGUCGCCUCUCAUCUCAUCCUCAUCCUCGUCCUUCUCCGUGAACAUGGCGGCCACUUCACCUGGGACAGGCCAGCAACGAAGCACUGCCGCCGGUGCGAGCGACUCGGCCACUGAGUAUGACAGCCUCCUCGCUCUCUGGCUGAGGGAACUGCUCUCAGGCACCGAUAGCUCCGUCACCGUGACAGCGUUGCUCCUGUUCGUGGAAGGCACCGCGAUCGAUAUGGCAACCGGCAGCAAGGUGCACACGCCCCUCAACAUAGGCAGCGGCACCGCAAGACAGCUGCGCACGCACGAGGACGCCAUGGCGUUUCUGCACGCGUGCGAGUCCACGCUACACCAUAGCGCUGCCGAGUUUCCGCGGUGCCCGUACCACGUCUGCGUCGCCGUACUUGUCGGCACUCACGGUGGCUCGCACGGAAAGAACCCCGUUAUAUUCCUCGACGUCGCCGCCGCUGCGCCGGAGAGCGCUGGCGCCCACCAAGAGGUGCGCUUGCGGGAGCAGGUGGCCCUCUUUGGCCGGCAGCUCGGCGCUGACGCGACAACGGCCACACCUCACGCUCGUCAGCGGACGCGCAAGGCGGAGGACGAGCAGUGGCUCAGUCUCCUGCAGUCCUGCCAACUCUCUCGCGCAAGCCUGGUGGGGCUCGUCUACGUCGCGUGCGAGGCAGGCCACGAUCCGUUUGGCCAUUCCCGCGUCGAGGGGACCGACUGUGACCCCUUCACCCUUGCCAGUGUCCUACGCCAACGCGCGCUCUUGGAAGCGGUGAACAACGGCGUGUUGCACCCCCAACUACGAAAGCUGUCCCGCGCCCGGAAUCGCGCAACUGCGCGAGCGGUGAAGCUGCCCGCGAGCGGUGCCACCACAAGGUCACGCGCGCCGGCCUCUCCACUCAAGGGGCGGCCCAGCAGAGGGCGGCAGCGGCCGCAGCAGCACAGUCCGAAACUCCCUUAUCUGGCGCGCGACUCGGUGCCGCCGCGUCGCACACAGGAGCACUCCAUAGUCUUUUAUGGCGUUUCUCGCUGCGGCCGCUCCGCGGAUCUGCUGGCGCGCAUUGAGGAGGAGGAGCACCACGCGCGGGUGGCGUUGUCAAGCGCGGAGCAGCGAGCCUGGAACCUGGCGGAGUUGCGCUGGAUUCUGCGUGCCCAUCCACCGGGCAAGUCCAUCGACGCCAUGCUGCGGCGCUUCGCGCACAACGUCGAUGGAGUGAGCCGACCUGAGCAGCAGCACCCACACUCAGUCCCACCUCGCUUCUUGCCGCCGCCGCUGAACGUGGCUCAACUCGCCACCGCCAUCAGCCGGCCUUCUACCACUGCCACGCGACGGUCGUCCUUCGCCUCAGCGACGCGCACGCCCGAGUCCACCUCACCGGGCGGCACGGUGCGGACGAGGGUAACCGCUUCGAUGCUGCCCACAUCCCCGUCUCGUCUAGCCUUGACAAGCACCUUCUUUACGCGGCGCAUCACGACACCGCUGUUCUUCCGCGAAGCGGGCUCUCCACCGCAGAACCAAGACGAUCCGCGAGCGCACUCCGCCUCAUCGCAUGUGGCCGUACGCGGCCACAACGCCACAGAGCUCGAGCGGCGUCGCCUAAAAUCUGGCGCGACCUUCUCCCUCGCCACGGACUCCCCAAACGCACGCGCGUGCACCACCGCUCGCCGACUCUCUGCCAUCGAAACGGCCCUACUCGCGCGCGCGCACUCUUCUAGCCAGCGCAGUCUUCCUUCCCCCUCUCCGUGCACGGGCGAGGUAGAGCGACUCUAUCCCCUCGUGCGCGCGUUUCACGUCGAGAUGUGCGAGCAGGACGCGCUGAUGGCGGAGGAGCUCAUGAUGCGCAGCUGCAUCGAGCACAAGGAGAAGAACUGCCGCAAGACGCUGAGUGUUGCUCGCGCUGAGUCGGUGCGACGACUAUCCGUGUGGUGGCCGUCUGAGACAGGAACGCAGCCGCAACGAGAGCCGCAGGUGCCCGACAGCCCCCGGUGGCGCCCAGCGAAGCCACUUCCUCUGCGCAUCUUCUUCCAGCAGUAG